CGCUCAAUGGUGUGCGCCUUCGACACUCCACCUUUAGUGGAGAUAUCCAUAACUACCAAAGCAAAGCAGGACUAAGACAGAGCCUGUUGCAAUCAAAGGAUUUUUGAGCUCUCAUCACAAAAAAUGGACGAUCAUGAUUAUAGUAGCAUGUUUACGGAAUACAAUGCUUAAGUAAUAUGUACACAAACUUGGUCAUUUUCACUAAAGGCCUGCUGUUGAGAAAAGGCGACAUAGAGUUCGAAACCCCCAUAGUUAACUAACUAACUAGUUAGUUAGUAAAGUUAACUAAGCUUGGACGUGGGGCUGGAACUCAGUGGGAUGAGGCAGUGAGAGACAGGACGUGCAUCCCAGCUUAACUACUUGUUUAACAUUUCUCUCCCACCUUGUUGCGAGCCCAAGGUUGAGCAGCUCACGAUUCGUUGCUUGUUCUCGCCGCAUUGUGCAUGUUACAAUCCCUGGCUCACAUCAACUGCAUCACCGGUCGCGACGUCACUUGGUGGUUUCCGGUUGUGGCCGCGCUCGCUGUAGAUGAUGGAUGACUCGCUUUUUCUAGUUCAGUCAGCGCCGGAUGGCUUCGAGUCGGCUACGCCACUUGUGCUCAUCCACGAUGGGGGAGGCACGACGGUGUCUUAUUUCUACCUUGAAUCUUUAGACCGUACGGUAUAUGCGAUACAGAACCCGAGAUUUUAUUCUGGUGAACCAUGGGAGGGUGGACUGCCUGAGAUGGGCCGAAUAUAUGCGAGCUUGAUACGGUCCGUGCUACCAUCGGGGCCUAUUAUUCUUGGAGGCUGGUCGCUUGGCGGCAUGAUUUCGUUGGAGGUUGCCAGCAUACUCGCAAGAACUUCCGAUAUCCAGGUUCUUGGAAUCGUGAUGAUAGACAGCAUAAACCCGCUGAAUGCGGCUAUCCAAAGUGCAAACGUUGCUCCUCAUCAAGUUGAAUAUGACGAGCAUACAAGGCCUGAAACCCGUGAGUUGGUCUCGAACUGCAUGAAAAUGGCGGUCGCGAUGUCUUCCGACUGGAUUCCCCCGGUCUGGAAAGGAUGUGGUGACCAGGAUCUCAUCGGCCGCCGAAAAGCUAUGGAAGCAACUCUGUCGUCCCGGAUGCCUGCGCAAUACGGGAAUUCCUGCUCCGUAACGGAGAUGGAUGUGCCGUGGCGCGACAUCUUGCCCACCGUACCCCCAACCGUUCUCCUACGGUGCAAUGAGUAUGUUCCUAUCUCCAGUCCCGAGGGUUGUAAUGCAGUCUCAAGGGUAGAUGUGUGUCGAGAGAUGCCCAGAUUGGGAUGGGAGGAGUACGGAUAUGAUAUGAUAUCUACAGUCAUGGACAUCCCCGGUCACCACUUUAAUAUAUUUGCUAAAGACCAUCUUGACGAAGUCUCAUCGCAAGUGAAGCUUGCGUGUAGACUGAUUGAGAGAGCCGGCCUCUGAGAUUCAAGCAUUGUGUGCUACCCAUUCACGGCUGAAUCCUACGAGUACAGUGAAAUUUAUAAAUGUGAUUGAUUUUUUGGAAUAAGCAAUUACUUUUUAUUUUAUUUUAUUUUUUUUUUUCCUAUUUUUCCUUGCCGUCGAUGUAGACACCGGUAACCCUCACUAGUUCCCCCGCGCCCAGCGCUGAGAGAGCUCAAAAUUGACCGCAAGAAUGGACUUCGGCUCCGACCAUGUGAACCAUAAAAUCACCCACAAGUAUCCAAUAGAGUGGAGCAUAACACCCUCGGACUUAGUUUUGGGGAAACUGUCAAGAUGCCUUGAUCUCCAUGUUUUCCAGAUGAUCUGCACGACGGCCUCAAUCGUCAGUGCAACUGGCUGCAGGGCGUAGAAAAUGAUUACUGGCAUCUUGUUGCAACCCGGCAUCGUGUAGUUGUGCAUGACCGCGUGGCAGAAGCCUGAUAUGAGAAAUACAAGGAGCCCGUGAACAAGCCGCGAGAACAGUGACCGUCUGCGGAUGCGAAGGACGUGGUGAAGGACCAGGGUAGCAUACGCACUUAGGCCUCGGUGCAUUAGUAAAUGCCAGAACCCUGACCAGUAACCGCGCACUGUGAACGCGUGCUGAAUGCUACCGAAAAACGGCGGCCACUCAUCAGGCACAUCAAAACCUAGCCCAACAAAUAACAGGGCGCAAAUGUCAUGAAACCCCUUCAGGAUAACAAUACUCUGGAUAUUGUUGUCAGCCACGAUCCAUAUCCGCAUCUUGAUCUCAUGGAUGGUGACUGGGUGGAGGAAGUACGGAUUUGGUGUUCCCAAUAAUCUUGAAGAUGUGUUCAACAGCAAUCGUCGCAAAAGUAUUUGCUUCUCAGGGAGAUAGUCGGAUUCUCGCGCAAGAACUAGGUAAGGCGAAUAGUGGGACCAAAUGAGCCAUAUGAUAAGUUUUGUCAAAAGCGCUAUCGAGCGACGGGAAACAAACUGCCAGCGCACUGUCAAAGGCAGGCACGGAUUGAUGUGGGAAGCUGGCGAGAGCGUCAUCGAUGAUCGAGGAGACGGCAAUGCGUGGACCUGCCAUGCGGUGUUUAUUCCUCGCCCAUUGAAUAGCAUCUUGAGAGCACACGCUUUUCUUGCAUUGAAAGUGAAGAAG